AUGUCCGGUACCAAACUGGAGGACUCCCCCCCUUGUCGCAACUGGUCAUCUGCUUUGGAGCUGAAUGAAACUCAAGAGCCCUUUUUAAACCCCACCGACUAUGACGACGAGGAAUUCCUGCGGUACCUGUGGAGGGAAUACCUACACCCGAAAGAAUAUGAGUGGGUCCUGAUCGCCGGGUACAUCAUCGUGUUCGUGGUGGCUCUCAUUGGGAAUGUCCUGGUUUGUGUGGCAGUGUGGAAAAACCACCACAUGAGGACGGUAACCAACUACUUCAUAGUCAACCUUUCUCUGGCUGAUGUGCUCGUGACCAUUACCUGCCUUCCAGCCACAUUGGUUGUGGAUAUCACCGAGACCUGGUUCUUUGGACAGUCCCUUUGCAAAGUUAUUCCUUAUUUACAGACCGUGUCGGUGUCUGUGUCUGUUCUUACACUGAGCUGCAUUGCCUUGGAUCGAUGGUAUGCAAUCUGUCACCCUUUGAUGUUUAAGAGCACAGCCAAGAGGGCCAGGAACAGCAUUGUCAUCAUCUGGAUUGUCUCCUGCAUUAUAAUGAUUCCUCAGGCCAUAGUCAUGGAAUGCAGCACCAUGCUCCCUGGCUUAGCCAAUAAAACCACUCUAUUUACAGUGUGUGAUGAGCGCUGGGGAGGUGAAAUUUACCCCAAGAUGUAUCACAUCUGUUUUUUCCUGGUGACUUACAUGGCCCCACUGUGCCUUAUGGUGUUGGCCUAUCUGCAAAUAUUUCGUAAACUCUGGUGUCGACAGAUCCCUGGAACAUCAUCUGUAGUUCAGAGAAAAUGGAAGCCCCUGCAGCCUACUUCACAGCCUCGAGGGUCGGGACAGCAGACCAAGUCCAGGAUUAGUGCUGUGGCCGCUGAAAUAAAGCAGAUCCGAGCCAGACGGAAAACAGCCCGGAUGCUAAUGGUUGUGCUUUUGGUGUUUGCAAUUUGCUAUCUACCGAUUAGCAUCCUCAAUGUGCUAAAGAGAGUGUUUGGGAUGUUUACCCACACAGAAGACAGAGAGACUGUAUAUGCAUGGUUUACAUUUUCACACUGGCUUGUAUAUGCCAAUAGUGCUGCGAACCCUAUUAUUUAUAAUUUCCUCAGUGGAAAGUUUCGAGAGGAAUUUAAAGCUGCAUUUUCUUGCUGUUGCCUUGGAGUUCACCAUCGUCAGGAGGACCGGCUCACGCGGGGCCGAACCAGCACAGAGAGCCGGAAGUCCUUAACCACCCAGAUCAGCAACUUUGACAACAUAUCCAAACUCUCCGAGCAAGUUGUGCUCACCAGCAUAAGCACACUCCCAACAGCCAAUGGAGCAGGGCCACUUCAAAACUGGUAUCUACAGCAAGCACGAUCGUCAUCACUACCAGCAGCAUGGCUAGAGGUCUGA